CUGCGCAGGCGCGCAAGCGAAGAGGAGGCGGAGGAGCGGGGAGGAGACCCCUGGUCCCGGAAGUGUGCCGUUUCCAGGGAGCGGACCGGGUUGAGAACCGGUGCGGCGGAGCUGAGUCUCGGAGAGCGGCGGCGGCGGCGGCAGCAGCCAUGUCGGCCUUCGACACCAACCCCUUCGCCGACCCCGUCGACGUCAACCCCUUCCAGGAUCCUUCAGUCACGCAACUGGCGCAUGCUAACCAGGGUGGCCUGGAUGAAUUCAACCCCUUCUCUGAGAGCUCCCGGCUGACGAAUGUGGCUCAGACAGUUCCAGCUGCUCAGCCCACUGGGCCUUCGCAACCUGCUGUGCUGCAGCCUUCGGUGGAACCCAGCCCACAGCUGCUGCUUAGACAGGCCAGCAAGUACCUGACUCCUAAGUUCAUCUCGGCAAGCUCAGAAGGCUCAGAGAGGCAGAGGUUGCUUGGAGAAGACGGCAGCUCUCAGGGUAAACAUCAGGCUGUGGCCUCAGCAGCUCAGGCUGGGCUCCUUCAACAGCAGGAGGAGCUGGAGAGGAAAGCAGCAGAGUUGGACAGGAAGGAGCGUGAGCUGCAGAACAGUGCAGCAGGAUUCAAUCCGAAACAGAACAACUGGCCUCCACUUCCCAAAAGCUGCCCUGUCAAGCCAUGUUUCUACCAAGACUUCUCUGCAGAUAUCCCAGCCGACUACCAGCGGACUUGCAAGAUGCUAUAUUACCUGUGGAUGUUCCACUCAGUUACACUGCUGCUGAACCUGCUGGCCUGCCUGGCAUGGUUCACAGACAGAAGCGAAAGAGGGGUAGACUUCGGCCUUUCCAUCCUGUGGUUUGUCAUAUUCACCCCCUGUGCUUUCCUCUGUUGGUAUCGGCCAGCCUACAAGGCUUUCAGGUCUGACAGUUCCUUCAGUUUCUUUGUCUUCUUCUUCGUAUUUUUUUGCCAGAUUGCCAUCUACAUCAUCCAGACCGUUGGCAUUCCUAACUGGGGCGUCAGCGGCUGGAUUGCAGCUCUCUCGGAGACUGGGCAUAACUUGGCAGUGGCAAUCAUCAUGCUGGUGGUGGCUGUGUUCUUCACCGUCUGUUCCGUUCUCUCUCUCUUCCUCUUGAAGCAGGUCCACUCUCAGUAUCGCCGGACGGGCGCCAGCUUCCAGAGGGCCCAGGAGGAGUUCUCGCAAGGCAUCCUCACCAACCGGACCGUCCAGAAUGCUGCUGCCGGGGCCGCCUCAACUGCUGCCCAGAGCGCUUUCCGGGGGAACUGAAGCCCCCCAGACAGGGCCAGCGUCUUGCUCUCUUCCACACUUGCUCUCACCACUCUCUGGUCUUCCACAGUUCAGGAGGCUCUCUCCAUGGGUACCAGUCUUGGCACCAAGAUACUUGCUGGAAGAGGCGUAUCUUGAGCUUUGUCCUGCCUGCCACUGUGUCUCUUUGGUGGGAAGGGCCAGGGCAGUGUAUGGUGUUCUCUUCCCCACCCCCAAUCUCAUAAAUCAAAUAUAUUUCCCCAUUUAGA